AUGAUUUUGUUAAGAACCCUGGCAGUGCUUCGAGGUACAUUUUUAUUGGUGGUUAUCGCCGAAAGGUGCACGAUUUCUUCUAGUUUUAAGGUGGACCUUCACGAACGAAGUAUUACAGAAGAAAAUAUUGACGGAGUCUAUAGUUGUAAAGCGUCAGAGAAGUAUGCGUUUGCAAGUCAAUGCGUCGACUAUUGUCCCGUUGGAACUCAUACUGAUGAUGAACACGGUGUAUGUAUUCAGUGCGACGAGAGCUGCAAAACAUGCCAAGAUGACGCCACGAUAUGUACGAGUUGUCACGAACCAUAUUAUCUACUUGGAAACAGAUGCGUGUUGGACUGUGCACCCAAACUGAACCGCGGUCCUCCUCGUAGCCGGCUUAGACUCCGUGGUGGCAGCACGUCAUUUGAAGGACGUUUGGAAAUUCUACAUGAAAAUACAUGGGGUACAAUCUGUGACGAUGAAUGGGAUAUCGUCGACGCCGAUGUCGUCUGUCGCGAACUCCAAAUGGGCUAUGCAUUGGACGCACUAACUAUGUCAUCAGGAGCAUUCAGCGAAGGAUCUAACCGAAUGCCUGUACAUCUAGAUAAUGUCAACUGCGAUGGCACAGAAGCAAAAUUAGAAUUCUGUUCCCAUGAUCACUGGGGGCAACACAAUUGUGGACAUUUCGAAGAUGCAGGAGUUCGGUGUUCUGGACCCGAUUUAACCCGUCUGUGUGUGGAUACGUGUGGCGACGGGUUUUAUCACAGACCAGAAACUCAUAUGUGUGGGUUGUGUUCAGAGAUAUGUCUAACAUGCUACCGCCAGUCCGAUAACUGUCUUACUUGUGAUGAACCACGCUUUCUUCUUUCAUCAUCGUGUGUAUUAGAGUGCGGUCAUGGAUAUUUUGGAAACACAGUCACACGAAAAUGCGAGCCAUGUCACGAUAGCUGUCGCAACUGCAAAGACGGUGUUCUGAAUAAUCACUGUACAAGCUGUUACGAUCACCAGUAUCUUCGUGGAAAUCAGUGCGUAGAUUCAUGUGACAACCAACUUUCCAAAAAUAAAGCGGUUCGUCUUGUGGCUGGACCCACUGAAUUCGAAGGACGUGUUGAGGUAUAUAUUAAUGGUGAAUGGGGGACAGUAUGUGAUGAUGGUUGGGAUAUACAUGAUGCUAAUGUUGUAUGUCGUUCUCUGGGUUAUGGAAAAGCACUGGCAGCCGUCAGAUCACCGGCUUAUGGUCCUGGAACAGGUAAUAUAUUGAUGGAUGAAGUGGAUUGUGCUGGAGAUGAAGCAGAAUUAAUCAAUUGUCGUCAACAUGCGUGGGGAGAAAACGAUUGUGGACAUAAUGAAGAUGCUGGAGUACGCUGCUCUUCUACAGAAUCUACAGGGUGGUAUUUGGGGUCUGUGGAGGUAGAUAAGAAUGGUGCAACUGGUAAGUGCUUAGAUCACUGUGGACUAGGAUAUUGGAUGAAAGAAAACAAGGAAUGUGUUGCCUGUAAUGCUGACUGCUUAGAUUGUGUUCAUAGUGCCAAUGAUUGCAUCAAGUGCAAAUCACCCAUGUUUUUACUCAAAAAUAAUGGACUUGGACAAUGUGUUACUGACUGUGGUACUACGAUGUAUGGUAAUACAAUUGAUAACGUCUGCUUACCCUGUGACACUAUGAAAUGUGCUACAUGUGAUAAUGCACCUACCAAUGAUAACUGCACUUCAUGUCCAGAUGGUCAAGUACUCAAGAUUUUUCAUGAUGGCAGUUGGGGGACAGUCUGCAAUGAUUUCUGGGAGAUGGAUGCUGCCAAUAUUUCCUGUCGUCAACUCAAUUUGGGUCAUGUGAUUGGUUUACUUGAACUUGGAGGUACUGAUGGAAUUGUGGGAGGAAAUGAGCGCAUCUGGUUAGACAAUGUCAUGUGUAAUGGUGACGAGACUCGCAUAGAAGACUGUCAACACAAAGAUUGGGGUGAUAAUAAUUGUAAUCAUAACAAAGAUGUGGCAAUAAGAUGUUCAGGGCCUGGUAUUCGCGAGUGUCGUAUAACUUGUCCAGAAGGUUUCUAUUCCAAUGAUGAAGAUCACACAUGCCAUCCAUGUUUUGGUAACUGUGCUCGUUGUUCUGGUUCAUCAUACCAUUGCACUGCAUGUGUGGAGGGCACAUACUUCAAUGGUACAACGUGUGUUGAAGAGUGUAACCAUGGUUACCAUCCCAAUCACCAACAGCAGACUUGUGAACCAUGUGAUGAUAUCUGUGCAAGUUGCAGAUUUGAUAAGUCAACUUGUACAAGUUGUAAUUGGCCACUCUAUUUGCAAAGUGUUGUUUGUUCUGGUCCAGAUACUUCUGCAUAUUGUAUUGCAACAUCUGAUUGCACUGAUGGUUAUUAUGUCACCCCAACAAAGGAAUGUGGUAAAUGUUCACCAGCAUGCGUCACUUGUCAAAAUGAUCCUGAUCAUUGUCUGACUUGUCCACCAAACAGAUAUGUCAAUUCUGAAAAUAAAUGUGUUCAGUUCUGUGAAGAAGGUUACUAUGGUGACCAGAGUGGUCAAUGCAAGAUGUGCAGUACUCAAUGUUUUGAUUGUGUAGAUACUGCCAGUAAAUGCAGUAAAUGUCCACCUAACAAGUAUCUAAGUAUGAUGAACACUUGUGUGGAUAGUUGUGGUACAGGUUAUAUCAGCAAAGGAAACAAUGAAAUAAGACUUGUUGGUGGUAGUGAUGAAUUUGAAGGCAGAGUUGAGGUAUAUUAUAAUGGUGUAUGGGGGACUGUUUGUGAUGAUAGCUGGCAUAUUGAAGACGCCACGGUGGUUUGUCGUCAACUCAGCUUAGGAUCAGCUAUCUCGAUAUUUGAAAGUAGUCAUUUUGGUCCCGGUAGUGGACCUAUUCUUAUGGAUGACGUUGAAUGUUUAGGCUUUGAGAGAACACUACAGCAAUGUUCCAUGCAUCAUCUUGGUAUGGUCACAGUGAUUGUGGUCAUCAAGAAGAUUUAUUAUGCUGGAGUUGAUCAUGUCUGUCUUCAUUGUGCCGCUACCUGCAAAUAUUGCAGUAACUCUCCAGAAGAAUGUACAGCCUGUGCAGAACCAAACUUUUUAUAUGGCACGACUUGUAUUGAUAAAUGCCCAACUGGUUACUAUGGUAACACAAUUGACAGAGAAUGCCAGUUAUGUGAUAGCAAAUGCACUAGUUGUUUUGAUGGGGAUAGCAAUGCAGUCUGUAAAUCCUGCAACAUUGGAUAUGCACUGAUUGACUAUACGUGUGUUACUGAAUGCCCAGGAGGACAAUAUGUGUUAAGUUCUAUUUUACCAUCUCGACCUAACCCGAUGUUAGUGAGACUAAAUAAUCCAACAAGUGUCAAUACAUAUGAAGGAAGGGUAGAGGUGUUCUAUGAUGGACAAUGGGGGACUGUAUGUCAUGAUAAAUGGGAUUUAGUUGAUGCUGAUAUUGUUUGCCAAGAAUUAGGAUAUGGUAAAGCACUCAGUGCUCCGCUGUCCUCGUCGUAUGGUAUUGUUAGUUCAGAUACGCCAGUGUGGAUGGAUGAUGUAGACUGCAAGGGAUAUGAAAUGUCUUUGACGCAAUGUCAACAUACCGGAUGGGGACAAGGAAAUUGUGACAGUAACCAUGGUGAAGAUGCAGGUGUGAGAUGUGAUGGUAGUAGUUACAAGAAACCACCACUCAAUAUGUGUCGUCAAGUACGCGAGUUCCCCUGUGAAAGACAUGGUUGUUAUGCUGGCGUUGAAUGUGUUGAGUUAACCAAUGGUAAAUCAGUGUGUCUACAGUGUCCUGAUGGUCAAGUAGGGGAUGGAGAAAACUGUACUGUGGUAUCAACUGAUAUUCCUGAGUUUAAAGUUACACCCAGCAAUCGGACAACAAGACUUGGAUUCAAUGCCAUUAUGACAUGUGUUGCUGAUGGAAAUCCAGCUCCAACCAUUACAAUAGACAGUUGGUACAAAGACGGCAAACCACUUAACCCUGUUGAUGUCAAGUCGGGUCGCAUCAAGGUCUUGCUGAAUGGUAACUUGCAAUUUACACGUACACAUCGCUAUGAUACCGGUGAAUACACCUGUUUGAUUCGUAACACUGCUGGUACAAAUAUGUCUAGUGCUUAUUUACACAUUGAAGAAAAACCUGAAGUAAUUGGAAUUCAGCCUGGCCUAGCUGUUCUUGGUGAGACUGCUUUAUUACAGUGUGUAGUGGCGGGUAUUCCUGAGGCUAAUAUCACAUGGCAACGCAAUGGACUGGAGUUAGAUGGUCAUCGUUAUAUUAGUUUUGAUGAGAAUGGCACUUUAUACAUAAUGGAAAUCACUGCACAGGAUAGUGGUCACUACCGCUGUAUUGUAGAAAAUGAAUUAGGGAUUGACUUUGCUACAGUGCCACUUACAGUACAAGAACCACCAACAUUCAGCAUAAAACCCACCACUUACGAGGCAAAUGAAGACGACAACGUUCUGAUAGUUUGCCGAGCUGUUGGUACACCAACGCCAAUCAUUCAUUGGAAGAAAGAUGGAGAAGACUUGCCUAAAGGCAGUAAUAGGUUUAUUACAACACCCACUGGUGACCUGCAUGUAAAUAGUGUAAUACGAAGUGACAUGGGAAAUUAUGCGUGUAUUGCUGUUAACAGUGUGCAGAUAGUUACUGUAUUCACACAGUUGCUGGUAAUUGGUCCACCAAUGAUAACAAAAGCACCAGAAAAUACUACAUUAUUUAGUGGUGAUCGUUUGAGCUUGGCAUGUGAUGUGAUUGGAGCUCUCAGUCCUACAGUUAUUUGGAUGUAUAAUGAAAAGAAAUUGCAUAAUAAUCAGCAUUACAUAAUAUCUAGCACAGAUCAUAGUCUGGUUAUUGAGUCUGUCAACUCAUACGAUAGUGGAACUUAUACUUGUAUUGCAAGCAACCGAGAGGGAUCAGCAAAUGCCUCAGCUAAUGUUCUUGUACUUGGUGCAUCACCAUUAAAAUCAUUGACAUCAUCAAUUCCCCAUGGAAUGAUAGCAGGCAUUGUGAUUGGUAUCUUGGUUUUUAUUGUGGCAGUUGUAGCGCUUAUAUUCUAUAGACGACAUUAUGUGAGGAAGAAACAGUUCUCUCCUGCAAGACUUAAUCAAAUUGUGCGUCAGUCGGGAAUGAAAGGACAUUCAAUGGAAUUUAACACUGUGUCUUAUGUUGCAGGUGAACGCAUAACCAUGCACCCAGAGGGUGAAGAUGUCUCUCCAUUAGUUUCAGUGUAUUCAGACAAAAUUGAGAAAGUUUAAUACAAGUAUUGUAAUUUAAA